GCAUGUGUCACCUUGUCAAAGAGUUCCGGUUAAACGGCCAAUUGCGUUCUCAACAAUGCACACUGUUUACCGGUGGCAAAUGAUUCCGAGAGCUUUUCGACAAUGGAAAAGGUAUCCGACGAGGAUGGGAUUCGAACCCACGCGUGCAGAGCACAAUGGAUUAGCAGUCCAUCGCCUUAACCACUCGGCCACCUCGUCUUGUGCCACUCACCGCAGGCCGUUAUGUUCCUCAUCGUCCGUGCUAAACCUCAGACUUAAGAUGGUGGACUCCCAGUACUACCUCCCAAAUGAGAUUGGUGUAGCUGCUCUUGACUGCACCGAGGCCUUCCGCUUGCUUUCACCUCAGGAGAAGAUGUACGCCCACUACCUGUCACGCGCAGCUUGGUAUGGUGGGCUCGCAGUGCUGUUGCAGACAUCCCCGGAGUCUGCAAAUAUCUUUGUCUUGCUGCAGAAAAUCUUCAGAAAACAGACACCUGAGCAGUUGGAACAGGUCGCAACAUCAACUGGACUCAGCUCUGAGGAGUACCAGGCAUUUUUGGUGUAUGCAGCUGGUCUGUAUGCCAACAUGGGAAACUACAAGUCUUUUGGAGACACCAAGUUCAUCCCAAAUCUACCCAAGGACAAGCUGAAAGCUCUGGUGAAGGCCAGCCGGGCAUUUCAGGACGAGCCCACUGAGAUGGAGGCUUUGUGGGACAGCUGCUCGUGUCUCCUCUUCUCCCUCGAAGACAGACAGAAACAGCUGGGGUUGGGAAAGAAGGGAAUUACUACCUACUUUUCCGGAAACUGCUGUCUGGAGGAUGCUGAGCUUGCUCAGAAGUUUCUUGACUCAAAAAAACUGUCUGCCUACAACACCCGUCUGUUUAAGAGGGACAAAGGAGGUAAAGCCUGCUACGAGGUGCGCCUAGCCUCAGCUGUGCAGAAAGACUGCACAGUGGAGGGGGAAUGCGAGUCAUUUUGUGGGAGCUUCAACUUUGAAGACAAAGAGUUCACUCUGAAGAGGGGAGACUAUGCUCCUCUCAUGGAGAAAGUCUCUUAUUACCUACAGCAAGCACAGGCCUACGCUGCCAAUGAGAACCAGAGAAAGAUGCUUGAAGAGUACAGUCGCAGCUUCACCUUUGGCUCAGUUGACGCCCAUAAAGAGGGCUCGCGCUACUGGAUUAAGGACAAGGGACCAAUUGUUGAGAGUUAUAUAGGUUUCAUAGAGAGCUACAGAGACCCGUUUGGCUCCAGAGGAGAGUUUGAAGGUUUUGUAGCGGUUGUGAACAAGGCAAUGAGUGAGCGCUUUGCCAAACUGGUGAGCUCGGCUGAAGUGCUGCUCCCCGAGCUGCCGUGGCCGAGGGAGUUUGAGAAAGACACGUUCCUCAAACCCGAUUUCACUUCUCUGGACGUUCUCACCUUCGCCGGCAGCGGGAUACCAGCUGGCAUCAACAUCCCCAACUAUGAUGACAUCAGACAGUCAGAGGGAUUUAAAAACGUGUCGCUGGGCAACGUGCUGGCUGUGGCUUAUGCGACUCAAAAGGAAAAACUCACCUUCCUGGAGGAGGAGGACAAGGACUCGUUUAUCAAGUGGAAGGGCCCAUCAUUCGAGGUGCAGGUUGGACUUCAUGAGCUGUUGGGCCACGGAAGCGGCAAACUGUUUGUCCAGGAUGACAUGGGUAAAUUCAAUUUUGACCAGAGCAAGGUGAUCAACCCAGAGACUGGCGAGCUGGUGUCCAGUUGGUAUAAGGGCAGCGAGACGUGGGACAGUAAAUUCUCCACGAUUGCUUCCUCUUAUGAGGAAUGCCGCGCCGAGUGUGUCGGACUCUAUCUGUGUCUCAACAAGGAAGUGCUCAGUAUUUUCGGCCAUGAAGGCCAGGAUGCCGAGGAUGUGGUGUACAUCAACUGGCUCAGCAUGGUCCGAGCCGGACUGCUGGGCCUGGAGUUCUACACACCUGAGAGCAAGAACUGGAGACAGGCCCACAUGCAGGCGCGCUUCGUCAUCCUGCGUGUUCUGCUGGAGGCUGGGGAGGGCCUGGUGGGCCUGGAAGAAGUCGCGGGGGAGGACGGCAAGCCCGAUGCUCGGAUCACUCUGGACAGAAGCAAGAUCCACACCGUGGGCAAGAGCGCCAUCCACAGGUUCCUCUGUAAACUGCAGGUCUUAAAGGCAACUGCUGACGUGGAAGGAGGCCGAGCUCUCUACGACUGCUACUCCACCGUUGGUGACAGCGGUGCUCACAACUUCAUACGCCUCCGGGAGACUGUGCUGCUGAGGAAGGACGCUCGUAAGAUGUUCGUCCAGGCCAACACCAGAGUCAGUGGGGACGGUGUGGAGCUGGUGGAGUACGAAGGCAGCGCGGCAGGUUUGAUUCGCUCCUUCACCGAGCGUUUCCAAGACGACGCAGAGCAGCUGGAGGCCGACCUGUUGGAGCUGUGCAAAAGAGACGCUCCCUGCUUUUGUUGAUGGACGAUCUGCUCUAUAGGCUUCAAGAAUACCAACUGAAAUCCAAUUUAGUUUUUUUUUGUAUGUGAAAGCAAAUGGAUUCUCUAUGAAUGUUAAAACACACAACUGUUUGAACACUUCUGAAGAGGCAACAUUCAAGUUUCAUACCAAUAAAUACAAUAAAGCCAUAAAUGAUC